AUGAAGACGCCGCGCGACAUGGCGAUCGACCGCAACUCGACCAGGUCGUCUCCUGCUCUCAUUCUACAACAUACACGUGCAUCUGUGCCCAUGUCUGUCAGUCAAUGUUGUAAACAACAGCUUGUAAGCGGCUGCUCUGAUCGAUUACGUAGUCCUGAGGACCGUAUACGACAGUAUACUCAUUUACCAGCGACUCCAGGAGCUUCCCAUGCACCUUCGUACCAGCAUUUAGGUACGAUUGAGAGUGUACGUACUGUCUUAAAUACGACAGGAGGUAUGCAUGCUGGCAUGAAUGCUCUUGAACAUGAAGUCAUUUUAAGUGGAGCUCUGAUUAAACGCGGUCAAUUCUUUAAAACGUGGUUACCGCGACAUUUCGUCUUGUCUCGUAAUGCUCUUCAAGUGUACCGCAAGAACCCAUACGUAAUCAGUAUGCGACAACAGGGAAAAGAUUUGGCUCAACUUGAAAAGAAGUUGUUAAAGAUGGAAGUCGCAAGGAUUGAUGUAAUACGUGUGGAACCCACGGAUGCUUUUAAGCAUCAUCCCUACUGUUUUGUAAUUGUAGCACGUAAACGCUCUCGACGUGUCAAGUUUCUUGAAAAUGGAAACAGUGAAGGGAUGGAGCGAUCUAGGAAUUCCAUGUCACUUAACAGCACAGGAAACAGUUGUGUCUUGCAUCGCAAAGAGAGUAAUUUGCACUCGAAACGGAUUGAUGAUGGACCCGUGGUGCUGUAUUACUUGCAAGCGAGUAAAGAAGCUGAGCGACAGCGAUGGAUUCGAGCAUUACAGCGCUGGAUUGAAGGAGAGUGUCCAGCGAAGCUUGGACGCGGAAUUCUCAACUACAUUGUGAGCAACGAGUGCAGCAAUCAUCGUUAUGGCCAAAAAGUGGUAGGCGCCACGUCGUCAUCGAAGACGGUGGGUCUUUUAGGAGACUACGGAUCUACGACAAGUGUGCCAGCUGCCUUGUCCCCGGCUUCACAGGCUGGACGUACUAUCGAGCGGGACUUUCCUGUACUGGCAAACUUGAUCCGUGAUAUGCACGACUGCAAGAAGGAGGACGAGAUGAUAUAUAUCUUGGAUCAAGUGUUGGGGGAAGUACAGGAUGGUGCGAACAGCCGAUACAUCAAGAAGCUGAUUGCCACGGCGGGAGGAGUGAAAUUGGAACAGUCGGAGCAUAUCUGGACGAACCACGUGAAGACGGCUUACGCCAAUAUCAUGAAGGCGCUGCAGACGGCGUCAAAUGGUCCGGAACCCAGCAGCCAGGCACUGACACUGCGAGCCCCUAACGUCGUGCGACAGAGCUCGGCUGGCAGCAUUGACUCGAAUGAAAGCAACCACUCGCUGACCAGUAUUGACCUAGCAUCAUUCCACAGAUUUUACAAGUUAGGACGGAAGCUUGGGUCAGGUGCGUUCUCGGUAGUGCAUAUUGCGACUCAUCGCGAGACGCGUAAGCAGGUGGCAGUCAAGUGCAUCGCUAAAGCGAGUUUGGGUCCUCAGGAUGUGCAUUCACUGAAGCAAGAAGUGGAGGUUAUGUCGAGUCUGAAUCACCCGAAUAUUGUGCCUCUUUUGGAUUACUUCGAGGAAGACAGAUACUACUACAUUGUGACUCCGCUGUGUACGGGCGGUGAGCUCUUUGACGACCUGGUAAAGCGGAAGAGUUACACGGAGGAGGAUGCACGUGUACUCAUGCGAAAACUCGCAGGCGCCAUUCACUAUCUUCAUUCCCGUGGUAUCGUUCACCGUGAUUUGAAGCCUGAGAAUAUCCUGCUGAAGACUUCAGCACCUGGUGCCGAGGUGAUGAUUGCUGACUUUGGCUUUGCUAGACCAAUGAAUGGCUCACGCCACGGCACUGCGUGUGGCACUCCGGGCUAUGUGGCACCGGAAGUGGUGCAGGGUGAGCCAUACGGGGCUCAGGUGGACUGUUGGAGCCUUGGCGUGAUUCUUUUUAUUCUACUGUGCGGGUACCCACCGUUUCCUGGCGUUAAUCAUGCAAAAGUGCUGGACAAGGUUGUAAAAGCUGAGUACAAGUUUGAAUCGCCGUACUGGGACGAAGUGUCUGACGAGGCAAAGGAUUUGGUAUCGGAACUGCUGACAGUGGACCGCACCAAACGCCUCGAUGUUUCGGGCAUUCUUGCCCAUCCGUGGAUGGAUGAGACGCGUGCGUCUGUCGUCAGUAUUACCGAUGACAUUGAGUCCAGGAAGCAUAUGACGCGCAAGUGCUCCGAUCUUUUGCCAGCGCUGCACCAGAUGCGUAAGUGUAGUUUGACUCACGGUAUUCCAAAGAUCCGUCCGUCCGACAUGAACGUGGAUGAUAUCGAGCUAGACGAGAUGACGAUGAACAGUGACAAGGAGAUACUUGAUCGUGAGCUUGCGGAUAUGGAUGGUUUCUAA